AUGAUGAAGAACCGCUGGCAGCAGGCGUUGAGGCGGAUCCAGUUGACCGACUGGGAGACGCCCAUGCUGCGGCCCGUGAGGUUCCAGAUCGUGUUCGACGCCCCUGGAGCCGUCUACUUCUCCGCGCAGACCAUCACCGGCCACGUCCUCCUCGAGGUGGAGGAGCCGAUCACGCUCAAAGGCGUGAAAAUGCGGUUUCGCGGUGAAUGCUGCAUCCACUUCACCGACAUACCAAGACAGAUGCAUCCCCUCAAGAAGGCGAAGAAGAAAAAGAAGAAAAGUGCAAGUUGUUCCAGCUCCCUCUCCUCUUCCAGCUCCUCCAGACAAACCACGAUUCUUAAUGGGUACGCGGGCGGCGUGGACAACCCGGGCUAUAUUCCCGACAUGGAAGUCUCGAAGGAGGAGACGAGCGACCCGCCCACCAGACGGACGUCGCACCGACCCCGAUCGAGCGAGCACGCGUGGAAGGAGGCCUCGCUGGACGGACCCAAGCAACACUACCGCGCCCAGGAGACCUACUUUGACACCGAAUUCUACAUCUACGGACACAAGUAUCAGAAGGACGAGAAGGAGACGCUGCCGGCAGGCGUGCACGAGUUCCCGUUCGCCUUCAGCCUGCCGCCGAACCUGCCGCCGAGCUUCCACGCCGACAAGGGCUUCAUCUGUUACGUGGCCGUGGCGACGCUGGACCGGCCGGCCGCCGCCAACAUCGUGUACAAGGCGGGCUUCAGCCUCCACAGCAUCCUCGACCUCAACAUGGACUCCAUGGCGCCGAGCAACGUCAGCAGCAGCAAAGCCAAGAACCUGUGCUGCUUCUGCUGCCAGACGGGGCCCAUCACCCUCGCCGCCCGCAUCCCCCGCCGCGGAUACGUCCCCGGCGAGAAGAUCCUGGUCUCUGCCGAAGCUGACAACGUCUCGGCCAGGAACACGCGCCGGACGAGGCUCCUCCUCCUGCAGGUAAUAACCUACAUCAUGCCCAACGGCGUGAAGGAACUCGUGGAGGAAAGAGUCCUGAAGGAAAUCGUGCGCGGGAUCAUACCCCCCGGGGAGUCGGACCUGUGGGAGGAGGUGGCGCUCACGGUGCCGCCCCUCGUCCCCGCCAACGUGCAUCUCACCUGCAGGCUGCUCCACGUCGACUACAGGAUCGAUAUGAUCCUGGAACCGCCCCUUCCAUCGGGGGACCUCAAGGUAAGCCUCCCCAUAACGAUCGGCUCGGUGCCCUUGAGGAACUGCUUCUCGAACUUCCUGCCGCCCAACGAGACGCGAGAGCCGUGCGAGCUGCCUGGCAUCAACUACCCCAAUUUCCCUCCCUACUGGUACGGCGAGUACGUCUACGACCGGGUGUCACUGGAGACCAUGUACGAGCGCAUAACAGGCAUACAGGACGACUUCGGGCCACAGUAUGAGCCGGUGACGAUGUUUGCCCCCACGUACCUCUGCUACACCCCGGGCAACAAACUCGGAAAUAAACCAGCUAGUUCUUGA